AUGACUGACGCCGCGGCUCAGUACAAGAAGCAGGAUGGCAUCGUCUCUGUGUCUGCCGAUGGCAAAACAGUGACCUGGAAGUCUGCCAGCGGUGCGCUUCCUCCGCUGUCCAUAGCCAUAGCAGACAUUGGAAAUCUCCAGCAGACGCCCGCUACCUCGGCCAAAGCCUCCAUAAAGAUUGUCGUAAAGGAGCCAUCACCGCAAACCGGAAACCACACUUUUACCUUCACCUCCACGGCCGCUCGCAAUGAUCAGCAGAACAUAACCAGCCUGUUGCGCAAGUGGAUUGAGGCUUCCAAACAGCAAAGUGAAGCUUCUCCAGCGCCUGUUGCUGCUGCUGUUGCUGCUACUGCUGGAGCCGGAGGCGACAAUGGCGCAUCGGCUGCCAUGGCUAUGGCCCAGACCGUGACGGCAGCUGGCAAGGACAAGGAGGAGACGUACGAGGAUGCAAAGCUACUCGCUGAUACUGCGCUUCAAAUGUCACUGCUCAACUCGAGCCCAGCACUUCGUCAACGCUUCGAUCGUGCUCUCUUGGAGAAACCCGAGUCUGUCGGCGUCUUGCAAUUUUCUAUGCAGUUCUGGUCUACUCGCGUGCACAUGUUGAGGUCACAUGCGACGGAGAGAUCGCAGACUACCGGAACAUACAACGUCUUGUCCGUUAUCAAGUCAAAGUCAGUCAAUGGCACUCUGAUGCUAAACUUGACAAAAGAGCAAAUUGAGCUCCUUUUCAGGCAGCACCCCAUAGUUCAGAAAGCCUACAACGAGAAUGUUCCCCAACUGAGCGAAGGCGAUUUCUGGGAGAGAUUCUUUCACAGUCGCUUAAUGAAAAAACUAAAGGGCGAGCGCAUCCAAGAUAAGGAUGUGUCCGACCCGAAGCUCGACAAAUAUCUGACUUAUGAUGAGGCAGCAGAUAGUUCCCAGGACCUGCUUGCUUCUUCCAUUCCCAACUUCAUCAAUAUUGAGGCAAACGAAAACAAUCAUAGUCAGAAGCAGGGCAACCGACCCGACUUCACCAUGAACCCAUCCAAUUACGAGAAAGCACCCAUCCUCCGAGUCCUGAAUCGUAUGAGCGAGAAAAUGAUGAAGGAUGUCCCACCUUCCGACACGAGUCGGCAUGGUCCAGUUGGGCUCGAUGAGCAGACCUACAAGGAGUUACGGUUGCGUGACUUGCAGCUUGCCGACGAUGACAACAGGGUUGUUCUCAAAGUACAUGAUCAGAGCCGAUUCUUCUCCGCAGGCCAGAGCGUACACACGUCUACGAGUGCUGCGACAUAUACGAAGCGUACACCUGCUGAGGCACUUUCUACUCUGCAGAAGGAUCUUCGCAAGUUCGACGAGCAUAAUGGUCGCUCUUCGACCGUUGAUCUCCAUUCCAUAAUCGACAUCAACGAUGAAAGCAGUAGUGAUGAGGAGGGUCCUGCUCCCAAGAAGACAAAGGUUGGGAGCAAAUCUUCGCGCAGUGCAGCCUCUUCACAGGUUCUGACUGCUGUUCGAAAACGGCAUCUGCACAAUGACGACCUGUCAUCCUCAAACUCUAUAUCUACAAGUGAACGAGCCAAGGAGCUAGACGUUUCCGAAGUGAUACUUGACGAUCUUACCAUGACACACAACACCACUGUCGAGUUUCUCCAUUACUUCUGGGCGGUAUUUUAUUCGGGGGAUCCAGAUCGCGCCAACGAGAUUGCACGGCUCAUUGAGACACUGGAUAAGUCGCUCGACCGCAUCAAGGCUGUAGCCGAUAGGGCAGAGGCAGACAGGGUGGCCAGAAUCGAGCAAGCACGCAGAGAAAACGAGCUGUCCAAUCAACGAGAGAGAAAGAAAAGAAGAUUCGAUCCUGAGGCCAUCAAGGGUGGGAAACAAGCCAUUAAUCAAAUCGUGGAUCCUCUGCUUCGAGCGAUCGAUGCGGCGCGGGGUCAAUACCAAAAAGCACUACAGGAACAGAUAGCGCGCAAUUCCGCGAACACAACUGCAUGA